CACUAAUCAAUGCAUGAAAAAGAGGUGCACUCAUGAUUUUGAGCUCAGUACUCACUAAGGUGAUAAGAUAGCACUGGAACCACAUGUACCAAUCAGAAUAUACUUCAUUAGAUACAUCUAACAGUCUUCUUUGUCCUUCAGUACCUCAUAGAAGAGCUAGGCUUCCCUUCGACUCUCCGGGGCUCUCCAGGCGAGUUCAAACCAAUUGAUAUCUUCCAAAUCGAAGUAUACCUUCUAAAUUGAGUUCAACAACCACUAUCCAAUACUCAUCACAACUGCCCCGCCUUUCUUCGAUUUUCUGCCUGGUGGUGGUGGGUGGGACGAAAGCCACAUAGUUUGAUCUUUAACCUGAAUUGAUCAUCCAAACUCAUCUUCAUUAUGACCCGAUUCCGGCCCUGUAUUGACCUUCACGCAGGUCAGGUCAAGCAGAUUGUUGGCGGUACGCUUGACAGCACAUCGUCGGCUCUUCAAACCAACUAUGUCUCGCAACAUCCCCCGGCUCAUUUUGCUCAGUUAUACCGCGACAAUGAGCUUACUGGUGCACAUGUCAUUAUGUUAGGCUCAGGAAAUGAGGGGCCUGCUAAAGAGGCGCUUGAAGCCUGGCCGGGUGGUCUUCAGGUUGGAGGUGGCAUUAAUGACAAGAACGCAAAGGAAUGGCUGGAUGCUGGAGCAGAGAAGGUCAUCAUUACAUCGUACCUUUUCCCCGAGGGCCGUUUCAGCCAAGUGAGGCUUGACGCAGUGUUGCAAGCUCUUGGCGGUGAUAAGAACAAGCUUGUUAUUGACCUGAGCUGCCGUCGUCGAGGAGAAGAUUCUUGGUUCGUUGCAAUGAACAAAUGGCAAACAAUCACAGAUAUGGAAGUCAACCAAGAAUCUAUCAAGUCUUUAGAGCCUUACUGCUCGGAGUUCUUGAUCCACGCUGCAGAUAACGAGGGUCUACAAAAGGGAGUUGAUGAGGAGCUUGUGCGGCGUCUUUCUGAAUGGUGUUCGAUUCCAGUAACUUAUGCUGGAGGUGGUAGACAUCUUGAAGACUUGGAGAAUGUGAAGAAGCUUAGCAACGGUAAGGUGGAUCUCACAAUUGGAAGCGCAUUGGACUGUUUCGGAGGCUCGGGUGUCAAGUUUGAUGAUUGCGUUGCUUGGAACAAGAAGCAAGGCAAUUAGAAAGAAAAUAGAAUCACUUUUGAACUAAUUCUGAAGCAGCAAUAUUGGUGAGGCUGCAUGCAGCUGUAUGAUAUAUGAACA